GUACCUAAAACAGAGUAUAACUGAAAAAUAAAAUCAGAGCCUAUAAAAGGCUAAAAAUAUUCAGCUAUCAGCUAGUAUUAACAGCUAAACUCAACAGGUCGUUAUUACAGUGUUCGACUUUGUCUUCCUCUGAAAUCGUAGGUCUUUCUUAGGGUUCCUUGAUUCAUUUGCUUAGCCAUGGCUAUGCAAACUGGAAUGAGUCUUUCCAAGAUUAUUGUCCUGGCCGGUGCAGGUUACACCGGUACUGUUCUUUUUCAAAACGGCAAAUUAUCUGAUCUGAUCGGUGAACUUCAGUUGAUGGUGAAGGGUUGGGAAAAAUCUAAGGAACAUUUAGAUGGUGAUUCUGAUUAUAGUGAUGCCAUCGCCCAACAGGUGAAGCGGUUGUCUAUGGAGGUUCGACAACUGGCCUCAGCACGGCAAAUAACUGUACUGAAUGGGAAUUCUGGUCAAAUGGGUAAUGUAACUGGUCUCAUAGUUCCAGCUGCUGCAGUGGGGGCACUGGGUUAUGGUUACAUGUGGUGGAAGGGGCUAAAAUUCUCAGAUCUUAUGUAUGUAACAAAGCGCAAUAUGGCAAAUGCUGUUUCCAACCUCACAAAACAUUUGGAGCAAGUAACCGAGGCUCUAUCUGCUGCAAAGAAGCAUUUGACUCAGCGAAUACAACAUUUAGAUGAUAAAAUGGAGAAUCAAAAGGAGCUCUCAAGGGAUAUUCAAAUUAAGGUUGAUGAGGCUUCUACCAAUAUAGCAAACAUUGGCUCAGACCUGUGGCAGUUACAGUGUCUAGUUUCUGGUUUGGAUGACAAGAUAGGCUCCCUGGAGGAGAAGCAGGAUGUUGCAAAUGCGGGUGUUAUAUACCUGUGCAAUUAUGUUAGCGGCCAAAAAACAAAAAUGCCUAAAGCUCUUGAGGAUCAGCUUAAACAUUCUGGAAAAACUCAUUUGCUCCCACAUACAUUGCAGGGCUUUAAGGCACUUGCGGAUGAUCUUUCUCGAACAUUCAGUGAACCAGCAAGUAAUGUCAUGCUGCUGGAUGGAAUUGAUAAAUUGGAAGAUCCGCUACAAACCCCACAUAUUGACCAACCAAGACCCAUGCAUAGGUUUAACUCAGCCAAGUGUUGAUGCAGCACUUUGAGUGAGAUGGUACCCUACCCUUGUCUGUACAACAUGCUCGUUGGGUAAUUUCUUGUAUUUACAUACACAAUAAAAGUCUGAAGCACAUGGAUGGGUUUAUUCAUGGAAAAUAAUUGUAAUUGUAAGGCAGUUUUUGUAUAUUUAUUUUCUAAUUAUAUCAGUUUUUCAAGUUUAAUACUUGUACGAGUUGUAGAUAUGAAGAUAUAGUCCUGUUUUCUUCCUUGCAAAUAGUAGGGUCCGAAUCUCUAUGAUCGAAGUGUCAAAUAAUAAUUUCUGGUUUUUUAAGAAAUUGCAAGCUUUCUGGUUUGCAUCAUUAUUAAGUUAAAAAAAA